AUGGCUGUACAAGGAGGAAGUGCUGUCGAUGCGGCGAUAGGGGCCAUCCUGUGCGUUGGGGUUCACAACAUGAUGAGUUGCGGGAUUGGAGGCGGCCAUUUUCUCACCUUCUAUAAUAGAACCUCUGGCAAGACGUACGCGGUGGUAUCUCGGGAGCAGGCACCUUCCAUGGCAACAGAGGACAUGUUCACUUCCGGGAAGAACGCCUCCUCCACUGCAGGUGGGAAAGCUAUCGCCAUACCCGGUGAAGUUCGCGGUCUAUAUGAGGCAUGGAAACUUGGUGGUCGGUUACCAUGGAAACAAUUAUUUCAACCAGCAAUAAAGCUUUGCAUGCACGGAUUCAAUCUGAUAACAAACAACCAAACUGGUAAAACGUACAAAGAAGGCGAAACGAUGAAGCUUCCAAAAUUAGCGCAAACAUUACAGGUAAUCGCAGACGAAGGUCCGGAAGCAUUUUAUAACGGCAGUUUAGCAGACGACAUUGUUGCAGACAUUCAGGAAGCGGGUGGUAUAAUCACAAAACAGGACUUGGCCAAUUACACGUCAUUGGUUGGGGAUGCGCUAAACUUCACUCUUCAUGGAAACUACACAGCGUAUUCUCCGCCUUUGCCUUCCAGUGGAGCCGUCUAUCUUUUUAUAUUGAACAUUCUGAAUGAUUUCAAGUUUAAUCCUGACACCGUAUCCAAUGUUGUCAGCGCAACCACCACUUGGCAUCGAGUAACUGAGGCAUUUAAGCAUGCAUAUUCUCUGCGCACACAGCUUGGUGAUAACAACGUUGGCUCGGAGGCAUUUAGGACGUAUGUUGCAAAACUAGUAAAAAACAUGACUGACCCUUCAUUCGGUUACGCCCGAAGAAAGCAGAUCGAUGAUUCGAGAACGUUCGGCUCGGACUACUACCAUCCGAUAUUUGAUAGCCCCUGGAAUGAUCACGGCACCGCCCAUCUAUCCGUUCUUGGACCGGACGGAGACGCCGUGUCCAUUACCAGCACUGUAAACCUGUUCUUUGGUUCCAAAGUGAUUGGCAGUCGUACGGGAAUCAUAUUCAACAACGAAAUGGACGAUUUCUCAACGCCAGGGACUGUGAACUAUUUUGGAGUGCCGGCGUCUAAGGCAAAUUUCAUCGCUCCUUGGAAGCGUCCAUUGUCCUCCAUGUGUCCAAGCAUUGUCGUUGACGGCGAAGGUAAUGCUCGGCUGGUAAUCGGCGCUUCCGGUGGUACCCGAAUUACAACUACAACGGCAUUGGCGACCAUAGAGGCAUUACAGUGGAACUGGGGAAUAAAACAGGCUAUAGACUACCCGCGUAUUCAUCAUCAACUGUUUCCACAAGAACUGUCAGUACAGAGAGGUUUUCCACAGGUGGUAAUAGACGGUCUGAAAGCACUUGGUCACAAUGUCUCGGUGGUAUCUAGCGCAAGUAGCACGUGCCAAGGUAUCUUACGAAAGGAGAACUUUGUCAUGGCUAAUUCCGAUUAUAGGAAAUACGGUGAACCCGAUGGAUAUUAA